AUGUUUCAACUAGAAUAUAGCCAGCUAGACAGGCCUCCCCAGCUAGACAGGCCUCCCCAGCCAGACAGGCCUCCCCAGCCAGACAGGCCUCCCCAGACAGACAGGCCUCCCCAGCUAGACAGGCCUCCCCAGCGAGACAGGCCUCCCCAGCCAGACAGGCCUCCCCAGCCAGACAGGCCUCCCCAGCCAGACUGGCCUCCCCAGCCAGACUGGCCUCCCCAGCCAGACAGGCCUCCCCAGCUAGACAGGCCUCCCCAGCUAGACAGGCCUCCCCAGCCAGACAGGCCUCCCCAGCUAGACAGGCCUCCCCAGCCAGACAGGCCUCCCCAGCUAGACAGGCCUCCCCAGCCAGACUGGCCUCCCCAGCCAGACAAGCCUCCCCAGCUAGACAGGCCUCCCCAGCUAGACAGGCCUCCCCAGCCAGACAGGCCUCCCCAGCCAGACUGGCCUCCCCAGCCGGACAAGCCUCCCAAGCCGGACAGGCCUCCCCAGCCGGACAGGCCUCCCCAGCCAGACAGGCCUCCCCAGCCGGACAGGCCUCCCCAGCAGGACAGGCCUCCCCAGCCGGACAGGCCUCCCCAGCCGGACAGGCCUCCCCAGCCAGACAGGCCUCCCCAGCUAGACAGGCCUCCCCAGCUAGACAGGCCUCCCCAGCUAGACAGGCCUCCCCAGCCAGACUGGCCUCCCCAGCCAGACAAGCCUCCCCAGCUAGACAGGCCUCCCCAGCCAGACAGGCCUCCCCAGCCAGACAAGCCUCCCCAGCCAGACAAGCCUCCCCAGCUAGACAGGCCUCCCCAGCCAGACAGGCCUCCCCAGCCAGACAGGCCUCCCCAGCCAGACAAGCCUCCCCAGCCAGACAGGCCUCCCCAGCCAGACAGGCCUCCCCAGCUAGACAGGCCUCCCCAGCUAGACAGGCCUCCCCAGCCAGACAGGCCUCCCCAGCUAGACAUACCCUAA